AUGUCGGCUGAAUCCCAACCCAUCUCCGCAGAACGUUUUGCUCUCGCCAUCCAAGACCUCCCAGUCGAAAACUUAUACUCUAAAGCCCACGAAAUUGCAAACUCCAUUGUCCAUCUCGAGCGCUCGAACAGGCAGCUCCAGGAAUAUAUUGAGAGUAUCCGUUCAGACACUACUCUGCCGGACAAUACCAGGGAAGAGAGUGACAAAGACUGCUCGGAUGCAAUUCAAGAAAACAAAGUGGUAAUCGAGCGCCAACAGGAGAGAAUUGAGCUAUUGAAACGAGAGGUUGAAAGAAGAGGGGCCAGAUGGCACGAUGGAGAUGGUGACGGCAAGACGAAUGGGACCUCGCCGAGCCCAGCAACAAGUGGGGACGCAUCACAAGCAGUUGGAAGAACAGGUGGGAGACUCACCGACGAGCAGUUGAGAAGACAGAUGAUGGAGCGUAUGGGAGAUGAUGACCACGAUGACAGCCGAGAUGGAAUGCAUCUGUGA